GCCAACAGCAUCCUGGCCUCUAUAAGAAAUAGUGAGGUUGUGGAGCUCAUUUCAAGUGCUAUUGGUGACUUAGUUCAAGGUAUAUAUUAUGAAAACUCAAAAUCAUCUGAGGAGAACUGUCUUACAGAUGAUAUCGGCAUAUCUACGUGGAAGGAGCAGGUUUUCCUGUCCCACAGUGCCUUGCUGGCAAAGAGCUGCCAGGCUGCAAUGGAGCUAGCAAAGCACAGCGCUGAGAUUCAGGACAUGGCAUUUCAGUAUGGAAAGCACAUGUCUAUGAGUCAUAAGCUACAUUCGGACCUUCAGCCAUUUGUUAAAGAGGGUUCUAGCGACACCAUGGCCUUCAGUUUGAAUUCUGCUCCUGCAGUCCUCCAUCAGGAAUUCCUUGGAAGGGAGGCAUGGAUUAAACAGAUCAGAGAGGCACAAGGAAAAGGAAAUAUAAUGGACUACAAGAAGCUGCAGGAAGCGAUCAAGGCCGGCAAAGGUGUGACUUCUGCCAUCGACCUCUGCCGCUGCCACGGAAACAGAGCGCUGGCAGCCCUGGAGCGCUUCCCUCCCUCCGAGGCCAGGGCCGCCUUGGCCAACAUCGUCUACGCCGUGACCAGGUUUCCCUGA